AUGAAGUUCACCACCGUGUUUCUCGCUCUCGGCGCCUUCCUCGCCAGCAUCACGCUCACCGAGGCAGCCGCCAUCGACCACGCGGGCCCCUGGUCGCAGAUCCACCACAAGGACAGCAUCGAGCACUUUCAGAUCUACGCCGCGGCCAAGGAAUCCGACCUUCGCACUGCCAAGCCGGUGAUGAGCAAGUGCAGCGUCAAAUUCCCUAAGAACAAGGCUUACACAUACCACCAGUUUGCAGAGGGUGGACUGCUCGAGUUCCAGAGGCUGGGUGCUCACACCAUGGGCAUCAACUGCCCCGAGUGCACUCCCCAGCAGGUGGGUAACCUUUACCUGACCAAGUGGAGCAACUACUUUGAGUGCAAGGUCCAGGACCACAGGGCUUGA